AUGUAUUCUGCGGUAAACGCAUAACUUAUUGUUAGUGUGUCCCUAGUAACAGCAGCCAUUAUCCCUAGAACUCAAGAGAUUCAUCGACGCGUCGACCCUACGUAGGAAAUCUCUCAUCCUCUUUUAUUCCCAGCACUUGUCAUUCUGUGGUUCGACGUAUUACACCAUGGAAUGAGACACUUUCGACGAACCUGACAUACUACAUGUCCAAUGUAACUUGUAUCUAUGUGCUGAUGGAGAUGGUGGUUGUGUACGUAAGUACUUACGUACACACACACACACGCGCAUACAAAUGCAUAUGCAAUCGUGUACAACGCGUUACUUCGUGCAGUCGAAAGAUACUGAAUGAGUUUAGUAGCGUCGAUAUCAUACACGAUCGAACAACUCGUUGAAAAGCUCUCGACGAUAUCGUUAACGUCGUUGUAUGUGAAGAAAAAGAAAAAGAAAAAGAAGAAGUGACGAAUCGUUACAAUGACACACCCGUGGAAAGUUAUCACGUAUAUGAGUACGAUUCUUUGAUUAUUAAUUCAGUGAGAAGAAGAUAAAAAGACAGGGACAGGGAAAAAGAGAUAAAUAGAACAACACCAACAAGGAAAAAAACACGCAAAAAAUUACUCGCGAUUAUAAAAUUAAACUGUAUCAUUAUCGAUAUUUCUCGUUCUGUGACACGUUAUGUCAAAUUGAAAAUGAUAACAUGCUACAACCGCGUAAAGUGUGCAUCGUAAAAUAAGAGAAGAUUCAGUACAACAUGUGGCAUUUGUCUGAUAUCCUAAUAAUAAACCUUAUUAGAAGAAAGGAAUGGCUAGCUUGAUGGUGACUUCGUCAAGUAAGAACAGCUCACGUAGCACUUCUCCUACUAGAGGGAAUACAUCUUUAUCUCAAGCUCAUUACCAACAGUCAACUAGUUUGGAACAUACACCAAAAGCACGUAAUGCUCCAAUCUAUCAAACAGGAGAGGGUAGCACAGGCAGUGGUAGCAGCUGUGGUGGUUGUGGGAGUAGCUUCAGCAUGAAAGGCAGCAGCAGACAAAGAUCACCAGGUACUUUAAUCCGCAUGGGGGAUGCUAUGGAUGAAUCAAACGGUAAUCCAAUCACUGCCGAACCAGAUGAGUUUGUGCCAAACGUUCAACCUCCAACCGAUGAUGAAGGAGAACAAUAUCAUACCAUACAAUCGUUCCUAUCCAAUGGUUCUUCUGAAUUAAUAAGCGACGAUGUGGACUCAAGCGCUACGCGAGUUCGACAAGCGAUCGAACAUAUUCAAAAUAAAAUAGCUAAAACACGCGAUCUCAUACGUACCGAACAAACUACUCGUGAUGAAAAUGUUAACGAAUAUUUAAAAUUGGCUGCAAAUGCGGAUAAACAACAAUUAACUAGAAUUAAAACGGUGUUUGAAAAGAAAAAUCAAAAAUCAGCAAAUAGUAUUUCUCAGUUACAAAAAAAGUUGGACAGUUAUCAAAAAAGAUUAAAAAGUUAUGAAAUGAAUGGUGCACCCGUAGGUCAUAGACAACCAAGAGAAGUACUUCGUGAUAUGGGACAAGGAUUAAAAAGUGUCAUGUCAAAGCCAAGGGAGUUUGCACAUCUUAUUAAAAAUAAAUUUGGAAGUGCUGACAAUAUAAACACAUUAUCACUUGAGAGUAAUGGCUCAACUUUUUAUGUAAACGAUACACCACAUGCAGGUAAUGGUGAUAACGGUAGUGUUGAAGAAGAAAAGACUCAUCAUGGAUCAGCUACUUUACCUGGUGGCUGUAGUCUUGGAUCUACGCACAGUGCCGUGGCAAUGAAAUAUCCGUCGGAAGAAGGUUCAGAAUGCUCUAGUGUAACGAGUGAAAGUGGACCAGGUAGUAGAGGCCAAACACAUACUUGUCACAGUAAUAAUGCUGCAUUGAAUUUCAAAUCCAUCUUCACAGAACUUCAUGGACAUAGAAACACUCUUGUACGAAUGAAGGAAAAAUUAGAUGGCUUAAAGGCUUUGCAGCAAGAAGUAGCAUACUUAUCACAUGGUCUACAAGAAGAACGUUUUCGAUGCGAUCGUCUCGAAGAACAAAUCAACGAUUUGACCGAACUUCAUCAGAAUGAAGUAGAAAAUUUGAAACAAACAAUUACAGAUAUGGAAGAAAAAGUACAAUAUCAGAGUGAAGAUCGUUUAAGGGACAUACAUGAAAUGUUAGAAAGUUGUCAAACGAAAAUAUGUAAGAUGGAACAUCAACAGCAACAACACCAACAGUAUGUUACAUUAGAAGGUCUUGACAAUAGUAAUGCAAGAGCAUUGGUCGUCAAGUUGAUAAAUAUAGUGUUAACAGUACUGCAAGUUAUUUUACUCCUUGUUGCAACAGGUGCUGGUAUUAUGGUGCCAUUCCUUAGAACCAGCUGUACUAAGCCUCAUUGUUUCAUGUGCAGGGUGCGCAUACUAACGACCACGCUCGUUGUAUUGGGUAUAGUGUUCGUGCUCAAACAAUGGCCAGAGGUGCAUGAUGUUGGGAGUCACCUCAUGCGCCACCUUAAACAAACGCUCGCCGUGAAGUAGCAUUGGUGGUAUACUUAAAUUUAAUGAACCCAGUGAUGAUGAUGCAAAAUUGAUUACAAUAAUCAACGAUUGGAGCCAUUUACAAAUGCUGCAUUGUUGGAGCAAUAACAUCAUAUGUGCGCAAAUAUAAUUGUUCGUGUUUAUAUAUUUAAUUAGAUGCAUUAUUACUAUUGAUUUAAUUGAUAUAAAAUGCAUCUAUUUGAAGUCGCGCGUUUAAUUGGUAAAAUGAUUUGAUUUAUCUAUUUAUUAUGCUAUUAUCUGCAUAAUAGUAGGUAUUUUCAUCAAAAAGACUAUUAACUAAAUUAGUGAAAAAAGAAUAUAUAAAGUAUUAUUUACAAAUAUAUUAUUUUUUUCUUAUAUUAUUUGUAUGUUUAAAUUUGUUUAAAAUCAUUGGAAUAGAGUUUCAUCUUGUA